UAGCACAUAAACAUCAGAGCUUACGAGAGCACCAAAGACGAAGAAGAGAUAGCCGAGGAAGAAGACGAUGGACAGUGAGGGAGAUGUCAAGGUGCUGGGCACGGUGGUGAGCCCGUUCGCGCUCCGCGUGCGCAUGGCGCUGUACCUCAAGGGCGUGAGCUACGAGUACCUGGAGCAGGACCUGUUCGACAAGGGCAAGCUCCUCGUCGCGUCCAACCCGGUGCACAAGAAGGUCCCCGUGCUCAUCCACGGCGGCAAGCCCGUCUGCGAGUCGCUCGCCAUCGUGCAGUACGUAGACGAGUUCUGGGCCGGCACCGCCUCGAUCCUUCCCGCCGACCCGUACCAUCGCGCCGUCGCUCGCUUCUGGGCAGCCUACGUCGACGACAAGGUGUUCCCUGCGUGGAUAGGCAUCCUGCGCGCCGCGACGGAGGAGGAAAGAGACGAGAAGCUCGCUGCCACGCUCGCGGUGGUCGCGCCCAUGGAGGACGCCUUUACCGCGUGCUCGGAUGGGAAGGCCUUCUUCUCAGGCGGCGACUCUGUAGGGUAUCUUGACCUCGCCCUCGGGUGCCAGCUAUUCUGGCUCGAAGCGCUGCGGUCGAUGUUCGGCGUGAAGGUCAUUGACGCCGGCAGGACUCCGCGAUUGGCCGCGUGGGCUGAUAGGUUCCUGGAGACGAAGGCGGCCAAGGCAGUGGCACCACCCGCCAACAGCAUGGAGGAGUACGCCGGUAAGCUGCGAGCUAUCUGGGCUGCUGCCGCAGCUGCCAAAUGAGUACUUUUAAGAUCAAUGUGUGGAGUGGUCGCUGCGUCGAGGAAUGUCUGAACUUUGCUCUAAAGGUUGUAAUCGUCACCUCACGUUCCCCGGUAGUGUUUUGUGAAUUUCACCAUUUCUUAUUUGUCUGUCCCAUUUUAUCACCUACUCAAUAAAACUGUUGUGCUUUU